CAGGUGGAGUAAAAGGAGUUAUACUUAUAGACUUAAUAGUACCUUACCUGAGACUCUGACUUCAGUACUACUUCAUCAACGCGGCGACAAGAAAAGAAAUAGAGGAGAGUAGCUUAAAGAUGGACACUGCAGAAAUUGUGGAUUUAUCUAGUGAUGAUGAAGGGGGUGAAGCUGGUUCCAGGGCUCUCCAUUUUGAUUCUGAUAUUGCGAGUGGUGCAAAGCAACAGAAUGUGACCAACAGAGGCCACACACCCAAACAUUACAGAUCUCGAAGCCGUUCUAAUAUACAAAAUUCUGAAGAAAAUAUGAUCCCCAGCCGACCGAAUUCUUGUCAUAGUUGUUCUGGUGAUUUGAAGCAAGGUCUGUUGCCCGUUGGUGACGACGCAGGUCUCUCUGAUUCAUCACCAAUUUGUGCAGCACUACCUUGUAGGCAUUUUUGGAAAGCUGGAAAUUAUGAUAAUGGGCUUGUUCCUAAAGUCAGAGUCCCAAAUGCAGGCAACUAUCUCAAUGUCCAUCCUCUGUUCCUUCAUUCAAAUGCAACUUCACAUAAGUGGGCAUUUGGUGCCAUAGCUGAGCUUCUGGAUAAUGCAGUUGAUGAGAUCCAAAAUGGGGCUACCUAUGUUAUUGUAGAUAGAAUUUCAAACCCAAAGGAUAAAAGUCCAGCAUUAUUGAUUCAAGAUGAUGGUGGUGGAAUGGAUCCAGAAGCAAUGCGUCGUUGCAUGAGUUUUGGAUUUUCAGAUAAAUCAAAAUUUGCAAUUGGACAGUAUGGAAAUGGCUUCAAGACUGGUACCAUGAGACUGGGUGCAGAUGUCAUUGUCUUCAGCCGCCAUCUGAAUAAUGGGAUACUGACUCAAAGCAUUGGGCUUCUGUCUUAUACAUACAUGAUGCAAACACAGCUUGACAGAAUUGUAGUACCCAUGGUGCAUUAUCAGAUCAAUACAUCAAGCGGAUCCUUCGGAAUAUUAAAUGACCAAGAGCAUUUUAUUUCCAAUUUGUCCAUAAUGUUGCGCUGGUCUCCAUUCACAUCAGAAAUAGAACUUUUGAAACAACUUGAUGAAAUUGGAUGUCAUGGUACUAAAAUUAUUAUCUACAACUUGUGGUUCAACGAUGAUAGCAAUUUGGAAUUAGAUUUUGAUUUUGAUACUGAGGAUAUUUGUAUUGCUGGGGAUAUCAAGAAGGAGGUUGAUGCACUUUCUUCCUGGGAGACAUUGAAUGAGCAACACACUGCUAACCGGCUUCGAUAUUCUCUACGUGUUUACUUGUCCAUAUUGUACUUGAGGUUACCAGAAAGCUUUACAAUUAUAUUGCGAGGGCAAGUUGUGGAUCUACAUAACAUUGCAGACGAUCUUCAGUAUCCUGAAUUUAUCUUGUAUAAACCACAUAGUUCAGAUGAGUCUGCAGUUGUGACAACAAUUGGAUUCGUUAAGGAAGCUCCUGAAGUCAAUGUCCAUGGCUUCAAUAUAUAUCACAAAAAUCGGCUGAUCCUGCCUUAUUGGCAGGUUGUGAGCUAUCUGAGAAGUAGAGGCAGAGGAGUUGUCGGUGUCCUGAAAGCAGAUUUUAUUCAGCCUACUCAUAAUAAGCAAGAUUUUGAGAGGACUUCCUUGUUUGCAAAGCUUGAACAUCGCUUGAAGGAAAUGACGUGGGAAUACUGGGAUUGUCAUUGUCAACUACUUGGGUAUCAGAAAAACAGGCCUAAGUCUCAGGUCCCCAUUGAUACUUUGCCGCCAAAACCACCUGGUUUUGAAAUACCGGUGGCAUUGAACAAAAGUACCUAUCCACAUAGCACAUUUGAGCAAGUAUCUCCUACUAAGAGGAAAGAGAGACAUGGAUCUAUGGACCUUCAUAAGAUGAAAAAGCAAACAAGGGAACAGGAUUUCUCAACAAGUGUUGGUUGCAAUGAUGAGAAUAUACAGGCUACUGCAUGUUCUGAAGACCAGGAGGAAGACCAAGGCACUAUACACUUGAUACAAGUGAACACAGAACUCCAUGCAAGGUGUUUGGAAUUUGAAAAGACAAAUGAAGAACUUUGCCACAAGGUGACAGAGCUUAGAAGUAAAAUUCAAGACGCUAAGCUUGAGUAUAAUAGCCUUUUGUCUCAAGUGCACUACCAGGACCUGAUGCUAACAUGUAUUGUAGAUGGUACACCUCCUGCAGCCUAGCUUUGUUUCUCCAGAAUUUGUUUUUUGGUGGAAGGUUCUCUAGUUUGAAAUGAUGUUGUAUGAUAUGGGGAUGGAUUCUUCAUGUGAAAAUAUAAACAUGGUCAUGUGCAGAUUUUUUUGGCCCCAAUAUAGCUCUCGCAAGAGAAUAUCAUAUAUAGUGAAAGUUAUGUGAGAGUUUAGCCCAGUCUAUAUAGAUAACUAUUUUUACCUGUAAUUAUAUGAAAGUAAGAUACAUCCUAAUAUCUAGCUUUUUGUAGAUAUAUGAUACUGUGAGCUUUAAGUAAUUAAUGCCAAUUCUACCAUAGAAAUUUUAUUCUAUAAAGGAGGAUAGAGUUGAGCUUCUCUACCACUCCCCCUAAAGGGAUUCCUUUGGAUCCUUACAAGUUACAUUCUUAUGUUUUUGUUGGAUCAUGUGAAACGGUUUGUACUAAAUGCACAUGGCUUUCUCAU